ACUUAGAUACACACACACACACACACAGAGAGACAAAAACAGUCGGACACAAAUCUACAGCACAGACUUCUGCUCCAGCAUGACCAUGUCUGGGAGCUGCAGACUGGGAUCUGUGCUGUUGUUGUCCUGCCUGACCGUCGUUCUCCUGCUGCCUGCAGUCAGAGCCGAGCCGGUGCACUGCGUCUGGACACCAUGGUCACCCUGGUCAGCCUGCGACGCCUGCUCCAAAACACAGACGCAGAUUCGCUCUUUCUCGGUUUACCCGCAGUUCGGUGGGCUGGGCUGUACAGGUAACUCCCACCGAACACAGAGCUGUGAGACCACACAAGGCUGCCCCCUGGAGGAGGGCUGUGGGAACCGCUUCCAAUGCCAGUCCGGAAAGUGUAUAAAUCAGGCUCUGGUGUGUAAUGGUGACAUGGACUGUGAGACCGAUGGGUCGGAUGAGCAGCGCUGCAAGACCAGAGGAGAAAUAUGUACCCUACAGAAACCCCCGCCACAGAUAGAACUCACUGGAUUAGGGUAUGAUGCACUGAAGGGUCAGUUCAGGGGGUCUGUGAUAAACACCUUGAGUUUUGGUGGUCAGUGUCGGAGAACAUUCAGUGGAAAUCAUCAGGACUUCUACCGACUUCCACAAAGCGUCCUAAGAUACACCUUCCAGGUAACAGCUGAAAACGAUUUUUCCAGCGAGUUCUAUUCCAGUUCCUGGCAUUACGUGCAGGACAUUAAUAACCGUGAAACAACAACGGGAACAACUUCAGGACACCAUUACUUUACCUCUAAGGAAGAACUGAAAAAAACGGAGUCCCGGCAGCUGGUGGUGGUUAGCAGUAAUAUUGAAGUGGCUCAGUUUCAAAACCAGCCGCCUGAACACCUCCCCCUGUCCGAGGAGUUCUGGAGGGCUCUGUCCGGCCUUCCAGUGGUGUAUGAUUACCCAGCGUACCGCAAGCUUCUGGAGAGAUUCGGGACACAUUUCAUGUCAGAGGGCACAAUGGGGGGGCAGUUUAGAGCCAUGAUGUACUUCAGCCAGGAAUUCAUCCACAAGCUCAAGACUUCGAAGGAGGACUUUCAUGAGUGUGUAAAAAGGACCCACACUGUGUUGUUCUUCAUUAAAAUCACCACCACAAAGUGCCAGAGCUUUAACAGAGACUUAAUCCACUACAACACGCAAGAUCAACAUAGUAAAACAAACAGACAGGUAACGGCGAACGGAGGAGACACGGGCUACAUCGCAAAACUGACAUCUCUGAAUCUGAACAAUCCAGAGGCAAACGAGAAGGUUUUCUCUCAGUGGGCGGGCUCAGUAAAGGACCUGCCCAAAGUCAUCAGUCAGAAGAUUCGACCGCUGUAUGAGCUUGUGAAGGAGGUACCGUGUGCAGGAGUGAAGAAGCUCUACCUGAGAAAGGCCCUGGAGUCCUACCUGAGUGAGGAGAACACAUGUCGCUGCCGCCCCUGCAAAAACAAUGGCCUGAUCGUGCUGAGAGAGGGAGUGUGUGUUUGUGUGUGUAAGCAGGGCACAAGCGGUCCCGCCUGUGAGCACGGAGCUCCAGUGGAGGAACAGCCAGGAGUGAUCCACGGAGGUUGGAGCUGUUGGUCAGAAUGGAGUGUAUGUUCUGCAGGCCGUCGGAGCCGCAGUCGGUCCUGUAACCACCCAGUGCCUCAAAAUGGAAAAUCUUGCAUUGGAAAGUCUGAGGAAACAGUGAACUGUGAGGAAGAGGAGGAGCUGCAGUAUCUUCGCAUGAUGGAGCCUCACUGCUUUGAUCAAACACUAGAACCCAUUAGGCGCUGUGGAUCCCCCCCACCUCUGAUCAAUGGCUUUAUAUUGGACCCUAAAGAACUAUACGCAGUGGGCAGUAAGGUGGAGUACUCAUGUAUUGAUGGGUAUCACCUGGUCGGGGAGCCGGUCGCUGAGUGUACGGAGCAGCUCACCUGGAAGAGAGCACAGCAGCUGUGUAAGAGUACAGAGUGUGUUCCGCCUGUCCUGUCUGCGGAUGUUUCUGGCACUCCAUGGAAGCUGAGUUACAGGAUCGGAGAGACAGUGGAGCUGAACUGUACUGCAGGGAGAGCGAGAGAUGGACCGGCUGAAAUCCGCUGCAACUCUGGCCUGGCUUGGUCACCUCAAUCUGAAAACACAAAAUGCCUUGCAGCAGUUACAGCUCCCCCUGUGACCGAAUGCCAACCAUGGCAGAAACGGGCCCAGGACAAGUGUGUCUGUAGAGUUCCCUACGAAUGCGAGCCGUCUCUGGAGGUGUGUGCCACCAGUGUAGAGCGCAGCUGGACCAGGGGGCAGAGUGUGUGUAAGAUAUUGGCCGCGCAGUGUCUGGGGCAACAGUUCACUUUAGCUGACCACAGCGCCUGCCAGUGGCCAGAGCUGUCCACUGCUGUCUGCCCAGGGUGCUCUCUCUGGACUGUGUGUGAUGAUCAGUCGCAGACGUGUCGCUGUCGGACACUGCAGGAGUGUGUGUCUCCCGGCCGCUGGAUCCAGGUCUGUGUGCAACUCAGUGGAGAGUCCACACCUUCCACAGUGUCGGAGUGCGAAGUGGGGGUCCGAAAGUGCAGAGGGGAGACCCCCAUCAUCCUCAGCCUGCAGCCCUGCGAAUCCUAAUCUUGCUUACACUCACAAUAACUCCUUUUAGAUUAGUGGAAAGUUCUGAGAGAAAUCUACGUCCUCUAGUUUUACAGUUUUACUACCCCACUCUUACCUAAAUGCAUUUAAGCUUCAAGCACAUAUAUCAGCACACACUCUCCUCAAAUUGUUGUCAUUUGGAAGUGUUUAGUAAACUCUUAACAGACUUGUUUCCAGUGCCAGUCUAACACCACCAAGCUUUUUUCUCAACUAUUAGUAUGAAAGAAAACACCACAAAGCUGGUUAGCCCACUGGGUAGCGCCAAGCUAACACAAUAACUUUCAUACCCCAACAGUUAGCACUGAACUAACACCACAAUGCCUUAAGCCCACCAGCAAGCACCACAAAUCUUAUAGCACCUCAAUUAGCACCAAGCUAACACCACAAGAUGAUGGCGUUCCAAUAAACACUCAGAUAAAUUUACAGUAUACUCUUUAAAAAGAUUUAGAGAUUAGCACAAUUGGCUUAACAGUUAUUUGUCUGUUUUAUGGCAAAUCCAUACUUUGCAUAUUUCCCACUUUUUUAUGUCCCAGAUUAUCACUAUUAGCACCAUUCGCAAAACCAGUUAAUAACAACUAAUGGAUUAUACAGUAUAUUGCACAUCCAAACAGAAGUUAAACAGUACAGCUUUUAGUACUAUUGAUAUGCUGUGUUGAAGCCAGCUUGUAUUCUGAAUUUAGGGUUGCCGAGGCACUCAUGACUUCUAGUAGAAAAUCUGACCCAUAGGGAAGUUCUAGUUAAAGUUUUUAUGGAACUCAGCAUUUUAACCGACUGAUUAGCAGCAAGCUAUAGCACCACCCAGCUCAUAAACAGUAAUCACUAAUAAACAUGCUCUUGUUGUUUCUGAUGCUGAACUUUACUGCUAUCUUAAAAGGCUCAGAUAUCUAUAAUCACAUUUUAUAUGUACCAAACAGAAACCCUGUUUUUACUCUAUUGUGUAUAAAUGAAUAAAUGUCUCCAUAUAUGGUC